AAAGUGAUAGGAAUUGGGUACGGGGCUACCGAAAGAAGAGAGAGAACAUUGUGAUGAUGGUAGUGUGUUCUGGCGGGAAACCUUUUUGCCAGAAGCCUUUGGGCUUCACGUGGGUUGUUUGACUUUUUGGAGAAAGAGAUUGUCCUUUGGUUGAUUUUGAUUUUUGUUUUGAUAUUUUGAUUGUGUGGUCUGCAAGCUGUUGUAUGAAAUGUGUCGGUGCAUUUUUCUAUAUAAUGGUAUCUUGUCUUGUGAGUUUUGGAGGCAAAUAGAAAGAAAAAAUAUAGAGAGUUUGAGGGCAGAGAAGAGAUAAAAGUUUGAGAGAGAAAAAAAAAAAAAAAAUUAGAGAUGAUAGAGUAAAGAAGAGUGCACACGCACAAGGCCGAGAGAGAAGGCAGAAAGAGAGUCGAGAGAGAGAGUGAGAGCUCAGAGAGAAAGCCAGAGCUUGAGGUUUGAUGAUCCAGUGGGAAAUUAAUCUUUUUCAGUGUAGGGUUCUCUAUACCUUGAAUGGUUUGGAGUGGUUUUGCUUCAAUGGUUUUUAUUAAAUGUUUUAAUUAAAUGCAUAUAUAUUUUGUUUAUAUACUCACAUGAUUAUGUAUAUUUUGUGAAGCUGUUUUGUUAAACCUGUAUAAAAUUCUUGUUAUGGUUUUUCCAACUAGGACUUUUAGUCUCACCACCCUACAAUUUUAAGUACCGAAGGUGAACGGGGAUUGUUAGAUUCGGACUUAGGCUGAAAAGUUGGCAUUGCAGAAUUUAAUUUUUUUUAUUUGGAGAAUUUUUGUAUAUUUGAAGAAAUUUGAUUUUGUAUAAAAGAGGGCAUUUUUUUAUGAUUUUGGUAUAUUUUGAUGUAUUUAAAAUUAUAUAAAUUGAGGAUAUUUUUAAAAUUUUCAAAUCGUAACAACACAGCCCAAUUUGCAGCCCUAUCCACUAGGGUCCCACUCUCUAAAAAGACUAAUAUGUGACAGGGAUUGAGUGGACUUUUGCGUGACAGGGAUUGAGUGGACUUUUGUUCAUGGCUGGGUAUAAAAAAUAUGUUCUAAACAAUUGAAUCGCAUCAUUUUCGUAUCCUAGAACAAAUAAACUAGCAUUUGUGGGCACGCAUAGUUUGACCAUGUUACUCUUUGUUUUUCAUUAUACUUGCAUUUUUCCAAGCUUUGUCCUCGGAUUCCGGCCACUUAGACUAGAAUAUAGAUCCACCAUUCGAGCAUAUCAUUAGAAGGACUGAUACCACCAGCCUCUGUAAAUCUACCAAACUAACCAUAUUGUUGGCCAUGGCUUCAACAUGGACAGUGCUUGCAUUGGUUGCACUAGCUGCUGCUUAUAUUCUGCAAGCAAUAAUUAGGAAGAACAAGAAUGACGGGAGGAGGAGACUACCUCCAGGGCCAAGAGGCCUCCCAAUCUUGGGACACCUUCAUAUGUUGGGGAAGUUCCCUCACCGGACUCUUCAUCAGCUAGCCAUAAAAUACGGUCCCAUCAUGUACACACGCUUUGGCUUCAUCCCCAACAUCGUCGUCUCAUCCCCACAAGCAGCCGAGCUGUUCCUCAAGACCCAUGAUCAUGUUUUUGCUACUAGGCCUAGUAUUCAGGCUGUUAAGUAUGCGACUUAUGACCAAAGGGACUUGAUUUUUGCUGAGCACGGCCCUUAUUGGCGUAGCAUGCGCAAACUGUGCACCAUGGAGUUGCUUAGCAGCGUCAAAAUAAAUUCAUUCAAGUCUAUGAGGAGGGAAGAGCUUGGAUUUUUAGUCAAAUCAAUCCAACAGGCAGCUCAAGAUGGUGGCUUUGUUGUUGAUCUUAGCGCCAAAGUUUCAUCCACGAUUGCAGAAAUGACUUGUCGGAUGUUGUUUGGGAAGAAGUACGCGGAUGAGGAGUUCGAUGAGAGGGGGUUCAAAGCUAUGAUACAAGAGGGCAUGCACUUGGCAGUCAUUCCCAACAUUGCAGAUUACUUCCCUUAUGUUGGGGCACUUGAUCUUCAGGGACUGGAUCGGCGCUUUAAGGCUCUUAGCAAGGUGUUUAAUGAAUUUUUCGAGAAGAUCAUCGAUGAGCAUACUCAAUCUAGAGACCGAGGUCAAACCAAGGAGGACUUUGUUGAUAUCAUGUUGGCCUACAUGGGAUCUGAAGAAGCUGAUCAGUAUGCUAUGGACCGUUCCGGUGUCAAAGCCAUUUUGUUGGACAUGCUUGUAGCCGGAAUGGACUCUUCAUCAACAACAAUAGAGUGGGCACUCUCGGAACUCUUAAGGCAUCCGCGAGUGAUGAAAAAAGUCCAGAAAGAGUUGGAGGAAGUGGUGGGCAUGGACAGGUUGGUGGAGGAGUCAGACCUGGAGAGUUUGGAGUACUUGGACAUGGUGCUGAAGGAAGCCUUCAGGCUCCAUCCAAUUGCACCAUUACUGAUACCGCACGAAUCUAUGGAAGACUGCACAGUUGAUGGCUUUCACAUACCCAAAAAGUCUCGAAUCACCAUAAACGUAUGGGCAAUUGGGCGAGACCCAAAUGCAUGGACUGAUCCUGAGGAGUUCUUCCCAGAGAGGUUUGGUGAAAGUAGUAUAGAUGUUAAGGGAAAACACUUCCAACUUCUCCCAUUUGGCUCUGGUCGUAGAAGUUGCCCCGGGAUGCAGUUGGGACUCACGGUGGUCCGGCUAGUGGUGGCACAAUUGGUUCAUUGCUUUGAUUGGGAACUUCCAAAUAACAUGUUGCCUACUGAACUAGACAUGACUGAAGUGUUUGGUCUUGUAACUGCUAGGGCCAACCAUCUACUGGCUAUUCCUACUUAUCGCCUUCACAAAUGACAUAGAAGUCUGAAUGUCCAUCAUGAUGAUGUCGUCAUCCUUCACUCACAUAAAUGCAAUCGGAUUUAUCUGGUUUUCAGACUCUGUAUCAUGAUUCCCUAAUAUAUUGGAUUAUUCACUUGUAAAGAUAUUGUCCAAUUGCAGCUGCAAAUUUAUAUAUGACAUUUAUGUAG